AUGUGGGUUCCUCUAAUCAGGUUAGUUUUUCGCCGUAAUUUGGUCAAAUGUGACUAUACUAUCCGAUUUAAAUCAAUUUCAUCACUUGCCCAGUUACCCUUCUCCGACCCCGACGUCUCAGAUUCCGGUUCAGAUGAAAAUCCUUCAUUUUCCCACAAAAACAGUAGUUCCAAUUCAUUCGAUCAUUCCCACAUUGUGUUUUAUAGACAUAGAUUCACCAAAAUCUUAGCCCACUUACAAAUAAAACCCAAAACUGCAUUGUUUUUAAUUACCCAUUUGAAAGAAUGUGGUUUUAAGCAUGAUGUUGUGACUUACAUGGCUGUUAUAAGGUUCUUUUGUUACUGGGGCAUGAUGAAGAGGUUAAACUAUUUGUUUCUGGAGGUUAUUGAUGAUAAAAUUGGGGCUUUUGGUUUUGAAAUUUCUGAUCUGUUUGAAGAAUUGUUGGAAGAGAUGAAUGUGAAUGGCUGGAAUUUGUUUGGUAGAGCAGUUGAUGCUUUAGUUAUGGCUUUCUGUGAAGUCAGGAAGUUUGAUGAGGCUUUUAAUGUGUUGUUAAAGAUACAGUCUGGAUUUCUCCCAUCUGUAUAUACCUGUAACUUUUUAAUGAAACUGUUGGUUGAAGAGGGCAAAGUGGAUAAGGCUAUGGCAGUUUAUGAACAUUUGAAGAAGAAAGGUUUCUGUCCAAACGCAUACACCUAUGGGAUUGUGAUCAAAGGACUAUGUAGAAAGGGUUGUUUAGAAGAAGCUCGAGAUGUAUUUGAAGAUAUAAAGGAAACUGGACUUGAGAAUACUUUCACUCUUGGUUCCUAUAUUGAUGGACUUUGCUCAAAUGGCUACUCCAAUUUGGCUUUUGAUUUGCUAAAAGGGUCAGAUUCACCUAUAGAUGUUUUUGCUUAUACUUCUGUCAUUCGUGGUUUUGUAAAGGAGUUGAAGUUAGAAGAUGCAGAAAGUGUCUUUCUUCAUAUGAAAAAUCUCGCAAUUUUCCCGAAUGUGUAUUGUUACGGGGCUUUAAUCCAAGGGUACUAUCGGAAAUUGGAUAUUUUCAAGGCCUUGGAUCUUUAUAAUGAAAUGUGUUCAAAGGGUAUCAAAACAAAUUGUGUAAUUGUGAGCUUGAUUAUGCAAUGUUUGUGUCAUUUAGGGAUGUCAUCCGAAGCUAUAAACGAAUUCAUGAACGCAAUGGAAUCCGGUGUUUUUCUUGAUGAAAUCUCGUUUAAUAUUGCGAUCGAUGCUCUAUGUAGACUAAGGAAAAUGGAAGAAGCUAUGGAGCUUCUAGAAGUGAUGAAAAGGAGGAAAAUGAAAGUAGAUGUUAAGCAUUACACCACUUUGAUUAAAGGGUAUUGUCUCCAAAGUGAUCUUCUAAAUGCUUUAAACAUCUUCAUUGAGAUGAAUCAAAAGGGGUUGAAACCCGAUACCAUUACUUUCAACAUGCUUCUUGAUGGGUUCUCAAAAUGUGGCCUUUUCAAGGAGACAAUGAGUCUUUAUGAUGAUAUGUUAGCACAAGGUUUAAAACCCACAAGGGCUACAAACAAUGCUAUAAUCGAGAGGUUAUCCCAAUGUGGAAAAGUGAAGGAAGCAGGGUUAUUUUUUAAUAAUCUUGAAAGAAAAAGCUUGAAUGAUUAUGUUGCUAUGAUGAAUGCAUACUGUGACACAAACAAUGCAAUCGAGGCGUAUGAACUUUUUCUUACAUUAUCCAAUCAAGAAAAGGAAGUGUUUUUAGCAUCAAAAGCUUCUUGUUGCCAGAAACUUCUUAGUUGUCUAUGUGAAAAAGAUGAAACCGAUAAAGCUUUAAUCUUCUUUAAAGCAAUAUUGAAAUCAGAAAAUGGUCCUUCUAAAAUUAUGUAUAGCAAACUCAAAUCAGCUUAUUGUCGUGUUGGAGAUAUGAAAAUGGCAAGGUGGGUUUUUGAUAAGAUGAUUGCAAGAGGAAUAAGACCCGAUGUUAUCUCCUACACGAUUAUGUUAGAUGGAUAUUGUCAGGUGAAUUGUUUAAAAGAAGCCAAAGAUCUUUUCAAUGACAUGAUAAAUCAUGGUAUACAACCUGAUGUCAUAACUUAUACGGUUUUGUUUCAAGGGGAUUUUAAAUCCGGGAGAAAAGAAAGGGUUUUGACACGAGAUUUAACCCCAGUCCAAGAGUUUGCUCCUGAUGUUAUUUUGUUCAGAGUUUUGAUGGAUGAUUAUUGUAAAUCAGGGAAACUUGAGGGUGCUGUUGGUCUCUUUAAUGAAAUGAUUGAACGAGGUGUUGGACCGGAUACUGUAAUAUACACUUGUCUUAUGCGUGGGUUUUGCUCUCAGGGUUUUGUGGAAGAGGCUGAAAUGCUUUAUGAUAGGAUGGUAUCUGAGGGGGUCCCACCUGAUUCAAGUACCAUGGCACUGAUAAAGAUGAUGAAAAACAAGAAAAUGUGA